AUUAUUAUUUUUUUUAAUUUAAAUAAAAAACAAACAUUUCUAAGAACAAAAAAAAUGGCCGAUAACCAAGAAGACUCUAAAGAUAUAAAUAAAACGGAAAAUCUGUUAUCAACGACCUCAAAAGAGGUCACUAUACAAGAUCCGACAGAUCAUACAAAACAAACACGUAUCAAAAUCGAAUCCUCAGAAAACAAACAUCAAGAUGAAGAUUCUGAAAGCAGUUAUGGUCGCGUAUUUGCCGUAUCUGGUCCCGUGGUAACAGCUGAAUGUAUGACUGGUUCUGCCAUGUACGAACUAGUAAGAGUUGGUUAUUUUAAACUUGUAGGAGAAAUAAUACGUUUGGAGGGUGAUAUGGCCACUAUACAGGUAUAUGAGGAGACCUCCGGUCUAACGGUGGGCGAUCCUGUAGUACGAACUGGAAAGCCCCUUUCUGUAGAAUUAGGUCCUGGUAUUAUGGGUAAUAUAUUCGAUGGAAUACAACGUCCUUUGCGUUAUAUAUAUGAGCGGACAAAAUCGAUUUAUAUACCCAAGGGUAUUAAUAUCAAAAGUUUAGAUAGAGAAAAAUCAUGGGAAUUUGUGUCUUGUAACCUAAGAGAAGGAGCUGUAGUUACCGGUGGCGAUAUAUAUGGUUUUGUUAGGGAAAAUUCAUUGGUAACGCAUCGUUUAAUGUUGCAGCCAAGAGCAAAAGGCAGAGUAACCUACGUUGCACCCUCCGGUAACUAUUCGUUAGAUGAUGUUAUAUUGGAAACUGAAUAUGAGGGAGAGAAGACAAGCCACAAAAUGCUACAGGUAUGGCCUGUUAGACAUCCACGUCCGGUAGCAGAAAAAUGGCCUUCUAAUUAUCCACUUUUAACGGGUCAACGAAUAAUUGAUGCUUUAUUUCCCUCUGUAUUGGGUGGUACAACUUGUAUACCAGGAGCUUUUGGUUGUGGUAAAACGGUUAUUUCACAAGCUCUUUCAAAAUAUUCCAAUUCUGAUGUUAUAAUAUAUGUCGGAUGUGGUGAACGUGGCAAUGAAAUGUCAGAGGUUUUAAGAGAUUUUCCCGAAUUAUCUAUAGAAAUUGAGGGAGUAACAGAGUCUAUUAUGCAGAGAACCGCACUGGUGGCCAAUACCUCUAAUAUGCCGGUGGCAGCUAGAGAAGCCUCCAUCUACACGGGCAUAACUUUAUCGGAAUAUUUUCGUGAUAUGGGCUUUAAUGUUUCCAUGAUGGCUGACUCUACUUCCAGAUGGGCAGAAGCUUUGCGUGAAAUCUCUGGCCGUUUGGCAGAAAUGCCAGCCGAUUCUGGUUACCCGGCCUAUUUAGGGGCACGUUUGGCUUCAUUUUAUGAACGAGCGGGACGUGUUAAAUGUUUAGGCAGUCCUGAACGUGAGGGUUCUGUUUCUAUAGUUGGAGCUGUUUCGCCACCAGGUGGAGAUUUUUCAGAUCCUGUUACCUCGGCCACUUUGGGCAUAGUACAAGUUUUUUGGGGUCUUGACAAGAAAUUAGCGCAACGUAAACAUUUUCCCUCUAUCAACUGGUUAAUAUCGUAUUCCAAAUAUACUAGAGCUUUAGAUCAGUAUUAUGAAUUAAACUUUCCCGGCUUUGUGCCACUCAGAACAAAAGCCAAAGAAAUUUUACAAGAAGAAGAGGACUUAUCGGAAAUUGUACAGUUAGUGGGUAAAGCUUCAUUAGCCGAAACGGAUAAAAUUACUUUGGAAGUAGCUAAAAUGUUAAAGGAUGAUUUUCUGCAGCAAAAUUCCUAUUCUUCUUAUGAUCGCUUUUGUCCUUUCUAUAAAACGUUUGCCAUGUUGAAAAAUAUGAUAACAUUUUAUGAAUUGGCUCGGAAUUCGGUUGAAAUGAGUGCUAAUUCGGAACAUAAAAUAACAUGGAAUCAAAUACGCAGCCAAAUGGGUGAUAUAUUGUAUCAGUUGGCAACAAUGAAAUUUAUGGAUCCUUUAAAAGAUGGAGAAGUGAAGAUUUUGGAUAAAUUGGGUCAACUUAAUGAAGACAUGACUUUGGCUUUUAACAAUUUGAGGGGUGAUUAAGUGGGUUUCUAUUUUAUAAAACAAUUUUUAUUAAAUAUCAAUGAUUUUUUUAUUUUGAAAACAUUAAAAAAAGCUUUUUUUGU